AUUUUUUCGACUCUUCAUCCCUCGAUGCAUUAUCGACCUCGAACAUCACCUCAAAGAACACCUUCUUUUAAACGGAUUGUAGUCGUACUACUCUCUAGUCCUUCGUCCACAUUCUUUGGCUCUUUAAAGCCCUCGCUAUGUACGAUCAAGGACGGUUAACAUUUGAGAGAAUAUCUAUCGAGCUUCGCUCUCCGAAUGACUGACCGUCAAAUCACUGAAUCUUCCAUCGGACUCGCAGGACGCCUUUCUCAUUUAUCUUAUGGAGUAACCAAGGCGGAGGAUCGCGGAUGGAAAUCCACGAGAAACUUCGCUCAGAGUACUCCUGUGCUUAAAGAGCUUGGCCCUUACGAAACAUGGCUUCUACCUACUGGUAUUACUAGUGUACCAACACCAGGUACAUCAGUUCACAGCUCAUUCCAGACGAACCGGAAUCAGCAAAAAUGGUUACUAAAGGCUCAUCCUGAAGCUCGCCUGGGAAAUGAGUGUUUUCAUGACCAACUACGAUCAUCCCAUUCACCAAUGCUGCUUCAAGAGGGUGAAGCACAGAACUCAUCUCUUUUCUCAAUCGGCGAACUAACUGAUACGAGUGAAACGCAGAAAGUGUCUGGGGCCCCCUUACUAGCAAUUGCUACUGGUGAAGCGAAUGAUGUCCUCUGCCUAACGAAGCCAAGUUCAGAAGAAUGGCGAUGGCACGACGAUGACAGCGUGUCCAUCCAAGUUUCAGGCGUAGCGGACGACUACGAAUCAGUUUUCUUCCAGGAGGAAGUUGCAGUGCCCAUCCGCCGUUUAAAAUGCGUGGUCGAUUUCAAAAGAUACGAUCCAACGCGCUGGGUAGUCGUACAGAGGGACUCCGGUACUAGGAUAUUUAAGCCAGAAUAUCGUAGAGUCCCCACCCUCUCGGAGUGUAAUAGCGCAGGAAGACCGACUCGUAUUGUAGCUAAUCCGCUACUCUCUAUUCCAAUUGACCGUACUGGAGGAAAUCCACAUUCAGACGCAUCUUUCAACCCCGGUGUAAGAUCAAGACCGCCUCAACUUGGAAUCAUCGACGAAUGUGGAUAUUGGAGUGUUUGGGAUAUCGCCUAUCUCAAAACCAGGUCAUCAGGGAAACCCAAGGCUAAACUGGACAAAUGUGGACAAAUUGAGAGAGGUGUCUUGCGCCAUCUUCCCGCUAGAGGCACGGGCGGGCCACAAUGGCACAAACUACUCUGGGUUGACUGUCCAAGAAGCUCAUUAGAAGAAUCGCAGACAGCUGAAUUUGAGGAAGAUGCAGAUACCCUUGAAUCACAAGGCCCUUUCCCGCAGCUCGUGCGAUCCUCAACAUUGCUUUUGUGCAAUUCAAAAGUAGUAAAGUUACUCGAUCUUACUAAGGACUCAUUUCUACCCAAUUUGCCUUUUAUAGGAGAAGGGGGUCGAGAUUGUAUUCUGGACGUGCAUGGAAAUCCACAAAACAGCCAAUACGUCUUCGUCCUAACUGCGUUGAAAUUAUUCGUGGUCAGGAUACAUUCAGCACCUGUAGAAGAUUGGGGAGAACCACAGAAGCAAUGGAAUAUUGUACUGGUGAUAUCUCAUUUGAGGAAUAGUCUUGACCACGCCCUCAAACUCAGCGUCGCGCCGGGACCUGGGUCGCCCACACAAGCCACAUCUCUUGUUCACGUACAUUCCAACAGUAACAAACAGAUCGACCUUUUCUUCGUUGCCAUGUCAAAAACCAAUCCUUCCAUGGUCACUUAUCACCGGGAGGGUGUUGCUACAGAGGCUUUUCAACAUACGUCUGUGGAUUCAGGGGUUCAGACUAUGUGUCUUCAUCCUACACCGGUUGCUUUGAGGCCUUCAAACCCGCCCUCCCAAUCUGCACGUAGCCUCGCCAAACAAGAGGUUCGAUUUUACCAGCUUGCUACCCUCACAACAGAUAUGUGUCUCUUCUCUACACUCUGUGUGUCUACCUCUAUUUUUCCUAUACACCGAAUAAGUCGCCCCAGUUGCAAAGCAUCCCGGACGAAGGACUACUCCAAGGAAAGGAGAAGGCUCUUAAAACACAUGUCUGCACGCUUCGUCAUUCCAGAUGACAUCACCGGUCAUGAUGAUGGACUCCUACAAGCCACCACCAGGAGGCCUAGGGCUUUCCCACAGUGGCCGACGAUACAGAGAGAUAUCGGUAUAUUUUACGAGCACCUUUGCGCGAUUACCGGUGGACGGAUAGAGGAGCCUAUGGGGCUUCGAGACGAGGGAAGGCCAGGAAUCAAUCCGUUCGACAACGUCCAUGUUAAUGUUCAACAAGCUAUUGAAAAUGGUAUUAUGCCUGCUACGACUCUUUUUGAGAUGAUUGGGAAAGAAAGGCUGCCUAAUGAUACAGAUCUUUCCACUGAAUGGAGAAUCCAAAUAGAGCGACUCAGACAUGUCGACCCAAACGUGCGGUUAUUAGGUUUCGAUCAACCACAGCGCCAGAUCACUAGAUGCUCGAAUUCAUUACAAGAUAUGUAUUCCAUGCUCCUGGAAAUGACGAGCGGUUCUAGUAUCAACGGAGAGGCACAGGAUUGGAUACAAGAGGCAAGGUACACAGUAUUUCGACAAAUGGCCUGCGAUACAUAUUUAUCUCUCUUUGGACUAGUCCAUCGUCCAGUGGAUAUAGACGAAAGCCAACAAUUACUUCUACAUGAUUUAGAUAAUAUGGCGAUUGAUAGUCAACAAGCAAGCCGGGCAGGGAGUGUCGCUAUGUCACAGUCGGGGGAAUCUAUUACCAGUUCCAAGAGGUCAAAGUCAGAAGAACCCCAAGGAGAGGAUCCCGCUAUGACUCUUCUAAGAUCGUAUACAGGCACGGGUAAUUUUGUACCCGCAAAGAAUACGGCGCUUUUAGACAAAUGGAAAGUCGGAGCCAAUCCUGAGGACUAUGUGUUCGAUCUGGAUAGGAACAGAGAAGUUACUCCGGCCAUGCAAAAGAGAGCAAAGCAGCUGGCCCGCGAAAGCCGGAAAAGACGAAGAGCUGAAACGCUUUUUAAGGGGACCCAGGAACCAACUCUGCCUGCAACCCAGCCGGUUCCUGAUAUCCACUCCUACAACCAGCAUAGUCAACCUCUCAAGCAGUAUUCGCAAAGUCAGGCUAUCAUGUCGGACGCGAUACAGACCAUGUCCCAACCAGUUACUGGUGCUUUCGGUCGCAGAGAGGAGAGGCCGAAGAAAAAACAAAAGAGGAGAAAAGGAGGUUUCUAGUUGGGAUGAAUAUGCCUUCAACUACGUCCUCGUCAGCCAAAUGCAUUUUUGGCUAUUAGAUUUAGACUGAGUUCAUUCUAUGGUUGUGUAUAGAAUUUGGUACUUUUAGAUUUUCUAGAUAGGACCUCACUAAAAUGACCAUGUGAUGCCUCGAUAUUAGGCCAUAGCUAAUUGCAAUGAGUUUCUACUCUUACUUCGUGAUGGGGGACAAAGGGGUAAGGCCGUCUAAAGAGCUUGAUAGUGUCUACCUACGGCCAGGUUGUAUUCACAGACCUUCGUCC